CUGAUUAACCUGGCCUCUCUCCUGGGAGCCCUCGUCCUGCCGUGCACGGAGAAAGCGUUUUUCAGCCGUGUGCUCACUUACUUCAUCGCCCUGUCCAUUGGAACGCUGCUCUCUAACGCGCUCUUCCAGCUCAUUCCAGAGGUGCAGUAGAACAGGCGCGCGUCCUCCCCAACGCCAGGCCCUCCUGGCUGAUGUCCGUACCCCGCCACGCUCCAGGCUCCCAGCACUGCCUCCUCUUACCAAGGGCCACCAAUGACUCCUCACUCUAUCUAGAUCUCAAGGGCCUUCUUUCUCUCCUCCGGGCACUUAGGGUUGCCUCUGGCCUCUUCAGGUGCCGUCAGAUGCAAGGCUCCUCGUGUUUGCUGCCCUUCGGGGAUCUGUGGCUGGUGGCUGGUCCCUAUUCUUGGUGCUGCCUACCUUGCCUCCACUGAGGGAACCCUGGGGGCACUUGGGUGUGGCACCAGUUAUCCACAGCACUGAGGUGGGGAAAGGUCACUAACUGGAUGUGUGGAUGUGCUGUGCUGGCCAUCCUUGUUUGUCCUCAGGCCAUCUUUGUGCCGUACAGAGCCAAAGGUAGAACAAAGACUAUUUGAGAAGAACAAAUACAAUUAAAAAUAUAAAAUAAACAGAAGGGCACCGCAUCCUUUGUACCUUGCAUCUUGACCUUUUCCUGAUUGGGACGGACUUCCUGGUACCCUUACUUGACUGUUUUGAAAUGUUUGGUCAUUUUGUUUCUUAAUUGUCAUCCCUGAGGAGCUAUAAAAAUAAGCCCAAGUUGACAGUCUUCCCGCCUUUUUAGCUUAGUCAGGGACUCUGGUGUGUACCUGACCCCCCUUGGAGUGGCAGAAGCUGCCUUUCACACAGAGUCCCUGUCAGCAGCUUCCCCGCCCGCCCAACUGAAAGACGGAUCCGGAGCGGAUGUCAGAUGGGAUGUUGUGCGUGUGUCACCUUAUCCUCAUCCAUGAUUCUGAGACCACCUUGAUAUGCCCUCUCAGAAUUUCACAUGGAUUUAGCAAGCACUUGAGGGGAGGCCUCAUCUUGGGCUAUUUUUUCAGCUCUAGAAAUGGAACUUAUUAAUUUUUUAAAGAUUGGAAAUCAAAUGCCUCAUUGUCUGUUUGAAUGAAACUGCUGUCACUGAACAUGCUCCGCCCCUGGCUCACAGGGGAGUGUCAUCUUGGCACAGUUCUGCCCUGCCCUCUCCUGGGGCUGGACUCAGCUCGGAGUGUGUCUGACUGAGAAAUGUGAGAGGGAGUAUUUUUUGUGACGGGAUGACUCUGGAACUCUGUUCUCUACGUCCAGGUUCCUUUUCAAGCAAAUGGAAAUAAUUAAAAACUGCUGAAGUGCAGAGACAGAAUAUUAUAGGCAUCGGGUCUUGUUCUUCAUCCCUCCUGCCCUGCACGUAGAUAGACUUUGUGUAUCUUGCACAGACUGCACCACCUCCAGGUUGUGCAGCACGUGCCUCUGUGACACAGAUUGGAUAUGCAGAGGCCAAUGCUCAGCAUAAUGUGCAGGUCCCUCCACUUGUCGGUAUGUCCUGUUAAAGAGAGUCAGUCCUCAAGUCCAAAGUCUGAUGGACCUGAGCAUACGUUGGACAUGUGACAAGGUAGCACCCUGCACUUCCUGCCAGACACACCAGCUGGCAGGUAUGACUCAGGCCACCAAAGACAGCAGGGGCUGGAGUCACAGGGUUCCAAGGCCACUUCGAGCUCCUUCUCAUUUCUCUGCACUGAUUGAAAGAAAUUUUCAUCAAAGACUCGAAUCACUAACAGAUUUUCUAUUUCUCUCUCCCUCCCUACUUGUCUCUCUGGUUUUUCUUUUUUUGUUUCCUUUGUUAAUAUCCACAACUUUCCCUAUCACCUCCUCCCCUCAAUGGUGGCUGCCCCGCUCCCUGUCCCGGGUGGGCUGGCAGUGUGGGGAUACGGUCUCCUCUGUGUCACCGUCAUCUCCCUCUGCUCCCUCAUGGGGGCCAGCGUGGUGCCCUUCAUGAAGAAGACCUUUUACAAGCGGCUGCUGCUCUACUUCAUAGCUCUGGCGAUUGGAACCCUCUACUCCAACGCCCUCUUCCAGCUCAUCCCUGAGGCUUUUGGCUUCAAUCCUCUGGAAGAUUAUUAUGUCCCCAAGUCUGCCAUGGUGUUUGGGGGCUUCUACCUUUUCUUUUUCACAGAGAAGAUCUUAAAGAUGCUUCUUAAGCAGAAAAAUGAGCAUCAUCACGGACAUAACCAUUUUGCCUCGGAGACACUUCCUUCCAAGAAGGACCAGGAGGAGGGUGUGACAGAGAAGCUGCAGAAUGGGGAUCUGGACCACAUGAUUCCUCAGCACUGCAACAGCGAGCUCGAUGGCAAGGCCCCGGACGUGGACGGGAAGGUCAUCGUGGGCUCGCUCUCCGUGCAGGACCUCCAGGCUUCCCAAAGUGCCUGUUACUGGCUGAAGGGUGUCCGCUACUCCGACAUCGGCACCCUGGCCUGGAUGAUCACCCUGAGUGACGGCCUGCACAACUUCAUCGACGGCCUGGCCAUAGGUGCCUCCUUCACUGUGUCUGCUUUCCAAGGCAUCAGCACGUCGGUGGCCAUCCUCUGUGAGGAGUUCCCACACGAGCUGGGAGACUUUGUCAUCCUGCUCAAUGCUGGGAUGAGUAUCCAGCAGGCUAUGUUCUUCAACUUCCUUUCUGCCUGCUGCUGCUACGUGGGUCUGGCCUUUGGCAUCCUGGCCGGCAGCCACUUCUCGGCCAAUUGGAUUUUUGCCCUGGCUGGAGGAAUGUUCUUGUAUAUUGCUCUGGCUGACAUGGUAAGUCUGCCGUAGUUUAUACCUUAGAGGCAAAAUGGGCCAGAUUAUCAAAUUGUGAAUAGAGAACAGCUAGGGGGACAUAAGUUAGUUUUUAAUAAUGGCUUUAUUGAGGUGUCUUCACAUACCGCACAAUUCACCUACUUAAGGUAUACGAUUAGUGGGUUUUAAGGAAGUAUUAGAUCUACCACCCUCCCACCCCCAGCAGGGUCUCACUGGGUUGCCCAGGCUGUUCCUAAACUCGAUGACUCAAGCAAUCCUCCUGCCUCAGCCUCUUGAGUAGCU